GCGCGCGCAGGAGGCGGGAAAGGCGCUGGGUCGCCUUGGCGGCUUUUUGGCGGCGCCUGAGGCGGCGGCCGGGCGGAGAUGCGGCUGCCGUGCGAGGUGUCGGUGGCGAGCCGCCUGCUCCCCUCGGCGGGGCUGCGAGGGCCGGGCCGCGCCGCCAGGGCUGUGCUGGCCCUCGGGAAGCCGCCCGCAGGAGGAGGAGGAGGAGGAGGGGGAGUCUGGCUCCUGGUCAGCACCGCCCGGCACCGCCCGGGGGCCAAGUACCAGCUGAGAGAGAACAUAGAACAUCUCUUUACUAAGUUCGUGGAGGAAGGAAAAGCCACCGUACGGCUGAAGGAGCCAGCCGUGGACAUCUGUCUCAGCAAGGCAAAUGUCGGCCACCUGAAGACUUUCCUCUCUGCAAUGAAGCUGGCUGACCGAGGCACCAGCGAGGAGAGCUUACCGCUGUCCACCUUGGCCCCACCGAAAGCUUCUGAAGUUGAGAAGCCAAAGACAAAGAUGACCAUAACAUCCAGGAAGGAUUAUCCUUUCACCCAGAGCUUCCCGUACACUCUGGAGCAACUCCAGGCCUCUUACUGCAAAUUACCCCGCAUCGAUAUGCGCAUACUCUGCCUGAAGAGCCUCCGGAAACUGGACUUGAGCCACAACCUUAUCAAGAAGCUGCCAGUCACAAUUGGGGAUCUCGUGUCCCUCCAGGAGUUGAGCCUACAGGGCAACCUCCUGGAGUCCUUUGGCGCGGCCCUCUGUAAUUCCACCCUCCGGAAGUCACUCCAGUCUCUGGAUCUCAGCCAGAACAAAAUCAAAGCGCUUCCAGCCCAGUUCUGCCAGUUGCGGGAGCUCGUUCACUUGAAGCUGGAUGACAACGACCUGAUCAGGCUGCCGUUCAAGAUCGGUCAACUGAGCCAGCUCCGCUUCUUGUCCGUGGCUCGGAACAAGCUUCCUUUUCUACCCAACAGCUUUGGAAAACUCUCCCUUGAGAGCCUGGAUUUAUUUGGCAAUCCUUUUGAGCAGCCCAAUCCCCUUGCUCCCGACAUACAGCUAAAAAUACCACUGACUUUGUGGGAACAUUCAGCUAGAGCAACGAUCAAUUACAGGCUCCCGUACAGCUGCCACGUCCUUCCUUCUCACCUCUGUCACGAUCUGGACAUGUCCAAGAGCUGUCACUGUGGGCGGGCCUGCCUAAGCAGCUUCAUUCAGACGACCGUGACCAUGAAUCUCCACAGUGUGGCGCACACUGUUGUCCUUGUGGACAACAUGGGGAGCACAGAGGCCCCCCUCCUCCGCUACUUCUGCUCUCUGACUUGCUACUCUCAGUUCCUGGACAGACAUCUGCAAAGCAUCCGAUGACCUGAAACCGAAAACCACAUGUGGUCUGAGAAGCCUCACUCAGCAACAGACGCUGUCUGAUAUCGAAAGCAAUGCUGGGACACGAGGAAGCAGAGCCAAGAGAUCAGUUGUCUCCCAGGCCUUUCCUUUUUUCAUCAUCUAGAAGGAGCAAGGGAGGCAGGCUUGCAUUCUAAACAGAAUGCAGUUUAGCAAAGGCUGCAGGCUCUUAAUGAAACUCUCUUGCCUGCAUAGAUCAGGGAAGCUCCUUGCCUGAGAGUGGCAGGUUAUGUUCAAGAUGUGAAUAUCAUAUUCCUUCACCUUCCUGUUCAUCGCUAUGAUUGAGCUGGAGGACUCUUGUCGUGCCCCCAAGCAAGAACCUGAUUUCCCUCUCCUGUGCAUUAUAAGGACACUGUUCUACCUACAAAAAUAGUUAGCUGUUUGUUAUUUAAAGCAGAACAUGUUCAAAGUGUGUCUAGAAGUAGACAAGCUCCAGGUUAUUUUAUCAGUCUCCCAAAAUCUGUUCCCUGAAAUGGUGUUCGCUCUGAACAGGACAGUAUUAGUAGUUAACACAGAGUUUAUGCUGAUUUUUUUAACGUUCAUGCCAUUGUCAAAAGGAAGUUUGUCACGUUCACACAACCUGUUGUGUUGCUAUUGAAGAACUGAUGCAAAAAUAAUGUGCUUCAAAACAAAAUAUUGUGGUGGCCAGUUCGUCAUACAUUAAAAUUUGUGUGCAGGAACUGGUUUUUCUGAGUACCAGAUGCAGGCACAGAGUAUUUUGGGAAUGGUGCCCACAUGCAGAAAUUGUAGUUUGAAAGGACAGGGGUAUGUGAUGCAAGAAUGGGAAAGGAUUGGGCCCCUGCUAGUCUGGAUUUUGCCUGUAAAAUGUGUGCUCUGUAUGCAAGAAUUAUUAUGGAGUGCAUCAUAUGAAGCAAGUUUUGCAUCAGUUAACUUCUGAAAGCCUCUUUUAUUUCUUAAAAAGAACAAAUAAAUGCUUAAGAGUCUGAAA